AAACGAUGGUGCAAGUGACUGGUUGCUGGAGUUUAGUGGAAGUUUUGCGAAUUAGUGAUGAAAAAACUUGAGUCACCAUGGCCGAUUCUUCGUCCCACCUGAACUGGCUGAUCAUCCGCGAUCACAACGCGUUCCUGCUGAAGCGCCGGAACAUCCGCAAGCCAUUCAGCACGGAGCCAAACAAUCUGACCAACCUGAGCUCGUUCCGUUACAGCGGACUGGUCCACAAGAAGUCGCUCGGAAUCGUGCCUGCGGAUAAGGGCAUCUCCGUCGUCUACAAGCGGCCAAAGUACCAGACCAAGCCGGCCAAGGCCACCGUGAAGGUGACGCUGAAGCACAAGCCACGCCGCGCCCUCAAGAAGCUGAAGAACAUCAUCAACGGCAACCGGUACCGGCGGGACCUGCGCCAGGCUGCCCUGCGCCGUGCCAGCGCCCUGCUGCGUGCCCAGCGCCCCGCUGCCGGAGCGGCCCCCGCCGCCAAGAAGGGAGCCAAGCCCGCGGCCGCCACCGCUGCUGCUGCCGGUGCCGCCGCGCCCAAGAAGGCCGAAUAAGAUGUGUCUGUAUUUGGAUGAGGGGAGUGAAAUGUGUAGCACCCGAAAUAACAGCUUCGACCCCGGGUGUACGGCGAAACCUCUGUGAGGAAAUGGUUUAAAACAUGAUAAAUAUACAAAAGUAAUCUAAAACGGUAAA